AUGCAUGUUUGUCAUUACUCUUCAAGUGUCACUAAAAAUUCAGAUCUACAAUUUCUAUUUACAAAAACAAAAUUGGAAAAGAUUGACUCAACAAACAUCACAAUCAAACAAACAAAAAAGAUGGAGAAUCCGCCAGACCUCAUUGUUGUGGUCGCACCAGAUGAACAAAAUCAAGAUAAAAAGAAAUUACUUGUGGAAACUAUCAACGAGAAAAAAGAUAAACAACAAAAUGAAUUAAUAACAAAACUUCAAUUGGAUAAACAUAUGCUUGAAUGUCAACUUCAACAAUUACGAGCCCAAAUAGCUGCACGUAAUAAUACUGAAUUUGCUGAACAGUCACGUUUAUUACAACAACGAUUUCAAGAUGAAAUACAAUCUGUUGUUCAACAUCACGCUGAAUUAGUUCAGGGUACUACUACGAACUUAUCUGCUUACGUAACAAAUAUUUUACAAAAAAGUAUUGAAGAUAUUGAAAGUUUAAGAUUAUUGCAUCAAAAAGAAUUAGGUGCACAUUCAAAAAUGAUCAAUGAUUGUAUUCAACAUCAAUCCUGUGAAAUGAAUGAACUUUGUCAUCAUUUAAUUAAUCAACAACGUCAAAGGCCUUUAAAUUUAUUCAAUACAUAUAUUGAUAAUUUUCGAACUGCACUCAGCAAUUUAAAAACAAGUUUUGAUUCAAAAAUGAAUUAUCUAAGUGAUAUUCAUGUAUCAACAAUCGACAAAUUAAAUGCGAAACAUGAAACUGAGAUAGAGGAAAUUAAAUGCGAAUUAUAUUUGAUGUCUAAUCGAUAA